GAGGGACCCCUGGUUGGGGAACGCGGAUGGGGACCCUCUGCAGCACCAAUACCUGGUGUUUACAUUGUACUGGUGGAUCCCAGGUGCUGUAUUGGGUGGUCACCCACCCUCAUCCCCCCCAAUUCAGCUACAUUUGGGGCCGGAUCUUCCCUACAGCUGCAGGCAAAAUAGGGUUUGAAUAAUUGCACCAUUUCAUCCCACAGGAUUCCAAAAUGAUUCACAAACUGUACAUGGGCCUCUGGCCUGCCUCUGACAUGCAUCCACCUCUGGAGAAGGAGGUAGUAGCUAUUUAACACAACAGUCUCCAUCAAGAAGUGGAUAUGCAACAUCCAUUAAUAUUGCACUGCCAUAGAGGAUUUUAAGUCAGUCUGCAAAAUUGGGAAAGUUUUAUCCCUAUUUUAUAGAUAGGGAAACUGAGGUCCAUAUUAAGGAGUUUAACGAAGGUCACAAAUUUGUGGCAGAGCUGGAAGUAGAAACCAGAUCUCCUAACUCAUGGUUCCCUAGACAACACUGCUUCUCUUUAAAAUGUAUAUUCAGAACAAUUGCAUGAUAAAAGGAAAAUACAUCCACAAGUCUAGUCACCUUCUGGAGUCUUUCCAUUAAAGUUGUGUUGCAAAUGCUGUUACUGGAAAACACAAACCUGCACUUGGGUUAUGUGCUAAAGCAAGCUGUAGCGUUCAGGGCCUUUACUAUAGAAAUAUUGUACUUUUCCCUAGGGAGCCAGCCAUCUCUUAUGCCCUAUGCAAACUAUUGCCAUAACAUAUUAUAGGUGAUUUAUGAACUCCAUGUUUGAUAUACAGGCUUCCUAUAAAGCUAGGAUCAUAUUAGAAGGGAAAAAAAUGACCAAAGAGUCACUAAAGCGAGACCUUCAACUGGGAUACUGAUCACUGGGGUAAUGUUGGUCAAUUUUCAGGUCUACCCAUCUCUAUAGUACCAUUAAAAUCAGAAUUGCAUAAUUUAAACUGUAACACAAACAUAGUAGAAGAUGUCCUUUAAUGAGCUUUGUUUUAGGAACACGUUAAAAGACCAGUCUUGCCAGUGUCUGGGAUUUCCUCCCAAAUUUUCAAGUCUCAGUACAGAUAAGGUGUUAGGUGAUCAUGGCUGCAGGAGUGAUGAAGAUUUUAAUGCAGUUCUGGAAGAGAUUCAGAAAGAAGUGCAAAGAAGACAGCAAUUAGAUCAUCAGUCCAUGGCAAGAAAAGCCAUAAUUUCACAAUGUUACAAACCAAAGCAUCCAGAAGUAUACGUUCUACAGGAUUCAUUUCUGGCUCCAGAGUUUUUAGAGACAGUUAAGUACUGCACAUCACAAGAUGCUGAUCUCCAAGGCCUCGUGCACCACAUUGAUUCUAUAUCAGAUAAGAGGAUAUAUCGACUUCCAGUGUUCAAUGAGGAAUUCUGCCGAGUCUUCAUUGAAGAGCUGGAGAACUUCGAGCAAUCUGAGAUGCCCAAAGGCCGGCCAAACACUAUGAAUAACUAUGGGGUUCUGUUAAAUGAGCUUGGAUUGUAUGAAGCUUUCCUUACACCUCUGCGUGAAAAAUACCUGCAGCCCAUAACAUCUCUGCUUUACCCUGACUGUGGGGGAGGCUCCCUGGACAGCCACAAAGCAUUCGUUGUCAAGUACUCGCUACAUGAAGAUCUGGAUUUGAGCUCUCACUAUGACAAUGCAGAAGUCACGUUAAAUGUAUCCCUAGGAAAAGAAUUUACCGAGGGCAACUUGUAUUUUGGAGAGCUCCGACAGGCCUCAACACCAGUGCCAAUGUACGUGGAGAUUGAACAUGUGGUAUCCCAAGGCUUGCUACACCGAGGAGGGCAGAUUCAUGGGGCACUGCCUGUCACCUCCGGGGAGCGCUGGAACCUCAUUAUAUGGAUGAGAUCGUCUGCUGUCCGCAACCAGCUUUGCCCCAUGUGCAACAAGAAACCUGAAUUAGUGGAUGCUGAGGGGUUUGGAGAUGGGUUCACAAGAAGUCCUGAAGGUGACAUGCUGAAGACUGUGGAUUUAUGCUCUUUAAUAUAGGAGAUGGUAAGGAGUGAAUUCUCCAUUCUGAGCUGACUAAAACGGAGCUCCAAGCCCCAAGCCAGCAGAAACAAGCACAGUAUCCCUUUGACAGAAACAUGUCAGGUCAACAAAUAGCUUCUUAGAAGGCAACUCAAGAACUGUUCUCUUGGGGGGAGGGAAAACAGCUUUUUGAGCAGCAGCUGCCGUCUGGGGUCUACUGGAGUUGGUGUCUGGGGUAGACAAUGCCUGCACUCUGGGAAUUUUUUAUAAGCAUAUUUUGAAAAUGUAAGAAGGCUUAAGGUAUUGAUCUAUACCGUGAACUGCAGAGGUCAUCUGAGUACAAUCACACGUAUAGAAAACAGGCAGAAAGACUGCUUAGGUCUUAUACAAAGAGAGCUGUUCUGACAGCCACUGUUACUGGUUGAUGUAUAACGAUAGUAUAUUAUUGUAUAAUACUUUUAUGUCAGUCAGCGUCCAUUCACAAUUACCACUGCCCUCUUCUGGAUGCAAUAUCAAAUGGAUGGAAGGCAAGACCUGCUCAGAAUUUGACAGAGUUGUCCCCUAGGGGCGAAAACAAGCAACUUUGUGAUCAAGUUGCUUCCAAUGGCUGCGUCUUACAAGACGAGCAUAAACCCUGUUACUCUACAAGUGAGUGUAGUGAGUCACUUAUUGCCUUACAGUAUAGCCCCAGACUGAGAGCGCUAAAAAUCACUUUUUAAAGAUAUUGUGGAUUCCACAUACACAAGCAGAAAUCCGCUGUAGAGUCAAAGAUUUGGGGGACUGUUUGCAAUUUAUGACAACAGGUCUCUUGGGUAUAAGGAAAGAGCAUGCAGAAGUAGUCUAAACAUUUGUAAUCACCUUCCCUUAGGUAUGAGAAUAUCCUUCCAAGGUGGGCAGACAGAAUAAACUAUCUCCAAGGGAAGAGUGGACAUUCUAGUCUUACAUGACCAAUGUAAUCUUUUGAAUUCUUUGGCACGAAGAUCCCACUAUGAUGAGAGAGUGAGAUUAGAUAGUCACACACAUUGUCUGUCUCAGUGCCUGUUAGUCCAUGACAUUAAUUCAAAACUUCAAGUCACAGACUCUCAAAAUCUAGAAAACUGAUAUUCAAGAAGCCAAAAUAUCCUUUUGAUUUUGUUGCCUCAUACGACUCCCCAGAAAACUAGAUGUCUAUUAGCUACCCAUACCACUGACUUUACCGGAGGCUUCUUCAGGUCAUUCAUUUUAGCUCUGGUAAUUACUUGGUAUGAACUUUCUCAUUUGCAUAAUUAACAAUAUGAUGAAAGGCAGACUCUGAAUAUAACCACUGUAGUUUAUGAAGAAUGUUAAUUUUAAGCAUUCCCAAUAGAUCCUGGAGUGCUUUGGGCUUGACAUCUCAUUAGCGUAUGCUGCUGAUUAGUUUGCAUUUGAAAAACGCCUUCAAAUUGCAUUUUGAAAGUGAAAUGGCCAUUACACUUGUGCACAAAACCCCAGAAUCAGCACCAAAGGAUUUUGCUUCUGCUGUUUUCCAUAACAACAAAAUCAAUCACGGAAUCUUAAUUUCUUCAUCAGGAAAUGCUUGUUUCAUAUUUGCAUUUAAAUUAUACCAAGAAAAUUAAAUUAAUGAAAGAAAAAUGUGCCUGUCCAUAUGGCUGCUGCUGUCUGAGUACUAUUAUAGUGAAUUCAGAUUGUAAAUGACUGAUUGUAAAGAAAAGGCUCUGGGAUACACAAGAAUAAUCUCUCUCCUCUGUCGUCUAGGCAUUAAAGCAGGAGUGUGGGAGUUUCUGGCACUCACUCACUGAGUCAUUGUGGGUACAGCAACUCUGUGCCUCAGUUUCCCCAUGUGUAAAAUUAGGAUGAUAAUGUUCUUAUCUAACGUAUUCAAAGCUAAAUUCAUUAAUUCAAGUGAGGCACUUGCAUGUUCUCUGGAGGAGGAAAAUAAAUCAAAUCUCUGAUGAGCUUUUA